AUGAUCCCAUGGAAUUUAAAUGAUGAAACACAAGAUUUCAUAACUAUAUACGGUUUACCACAAACUAAUGUAACUGAUUUUAAAAAUUUACGAAAUGUUUAUAAUGAUAAAACGAGGUUUUGUUCUAAAAGCUUAUUCCAACGUACUUUAAAGAACGGAGAAAUUCAAAAUCGCGAGUGGUUAAUUUAUUCAGAAAGUAAAGGAUCAGUAUUUUGUGCUCUAUGUUUAUUAUUUGGUAAGAGUGGUGAAAUAAACGCUUGUACUGGUGAAGGGUUUAGAGAUUGGAAAAACUCAAAAGCGCGCAUUGAAGCUCAUGAAAAUUCUGAUUUUCACAAAACUAACAUCAGUCAUUUCAAAGCUCGAGCUGCCAUUCAAGGCCACGUUGAUCAACGUUUAAUGAUGCAGCUUGAUGAAGAAAUUUUAUAUUGGAAAAAAGUUUUGCAUCGCGUAAUUGUGAUAAUUAAAUCCCUCGCAAUAAGAGGGCUGCCAUUUAGAGGACAUUCAGAUCGAAUUGGAGAUCCCCAUAAUGGUAAUUUUUUAGGUUCAGUUGAGCUUCUUGCUGAAUUUGAUCCGUUUUUAUCAGAACAUUUAAAAUUAUAUGCGCACCCUGGCCGUGGAAAUAUUUCGUAUUUAUCUAAAACAAUCUACGAAGAAAUUAUAUUAUUAAUUCAAAAUAAAGUAUUGCAACAUAUUUCUGAAGAAGUGCAAUCUGCUAAGUAUUUUGCUGUAAUUGUGGAUUCCACACUUGAUAUUGCUCAUGUUGAUCAAUUUACGAUAAUUAUUAGAUAUGUACGUAACAAUGGUAAAAUUGUCGAAAGAUUUCUAGAAUUCAUUCCAAAUACUGGCCAUAAGGCUAAAGAUAUUGAAGAUGCAUAG